AUGCAGGGCCCUGCCGGGAACUCGAGCCACUCACUGCCGGGAGGGCCGUCCUCCACAGUCGCGUCCGGAGCGGGCCGCUGCGAGAGCGGCGCGCUCAUGCACAGUUUCGGCAUCUUCCUGCAGGGGCUGCUCGGCGUCGUGGCCUUCAGCACGUUGAUGCUCAAACGCUUCAGAGAACCAAAGCAUGAAAGACGACCAUGGAGGAUAUGGUUUUUAGACACUUCCAAACAAGCCAUAGGAAUGCUGUUCAUCCAUUUUGCAAAUGUAUACCUAGCAGAUCUCAAUGAAGAGGACCCUUGUUCACUGUACCUCAUCAACUUCCUCCUGGACGCCACCGUGGGCAUGCUCCUCAUCUACGCGGGCGUGCGCGCCGUCAGUGUCCUGGUGGAGUGGCAGCAGUGGGAGUCUCUGCGUUUUGGCGAAUAUGGAGACCCUCUGCAGUGCGGAGCCUGGGUUGGACAAUGUGCCCUUUACAUUGUGAUCAUGAUUUUUGAAAAAUCUGUCGUUUUCAUCGUCCUCCUAAUACUUCAGUGGAAGAAGGUGGCCCUGUUGAAUCCCAUUGAAAACCCAGACUUGAAGCUGGCCAUCGUCAUGCUGAUUGUCCCCUUCUUUGUCAAUGCUUUGAUGUUUUGGGUAGUGGACAAUUUCCUCAUGAGAAAGGGAAGGACGAAAGCUAAGCUAGAAGAAAGAGGAGCCAACCAGGACUCGAGGAACGGGAGCAAGGUCCGCUACCGAAGGGCCGCGUCCCAUGAGGAGUCAGAGUCUGAGAUCCUGAUCUCGGCCGAUGACGAGAUGGAGGAGUCGGACGUGGAGGAAGACCUCCGGAGACUGACGCCCUUGAAGCCCGCGAAGAAAAAGAAGCACCGCUUUGGGCUGCCUGCUGGCACUCAGGAAGCCCCCAUCAAGAAGAAGCGGCCCCCUGUGAAGGAGGAGGACUUGAAGGGGGCCCGAGGGAACCUGACCAAGAACCAGGAGAUCAAGUCCAAGACCUACCAGGUCAUGCGGGAGUGUGAGCAAGCUGGUUCUACUGCCCCGUCAGUGUUCAGCCGCGCCCGGACUGGCGCUGAGACGGUGUUUGAGAAGCCCAAAGCCGGACCCGCCAAGAGUGUCUUUGGCUGA